GAACAUUUGUGCAAGGACUGUCAGACAAUGAUCAUGAACAAACAAAGGAAACUCAGUGCUUUUGUUCUACUUUGUCUUUUGGCUCUCAUCUUUCCUGGCUCUAGCAGAGUGUGGGUACUUGAAAGCAGCAUUCAGGACCUCUAUCGAGUAGGGGAUAAUGCAGUUAUUUACUGCAAAGUAGAUUCUGAUCAAGAGAGAGUUGAGAAGUGCAUAUUCAUGUGGGUUAUUCUAAAUUCAAAUGAUGAUGAAACAGAAGAUAUUUUGCAUAUGAAGAAAUAUGAACGACGUAUCAGACUAUACUCAUUCAAUGAAACAUUCAUCUCACUAACAAUGAGAAACCUUUCCAUAUUUGACGCUGACAAUCUACGAUGUAUCGCAGAUUGCGAUGUGAAUGGAAUUUUUACUCGGAACAUGGGUGAUGGAUUUACUCUUCAAAUUUCAUACAAAACUGAAGUACAGGAUGUGACACAAAAUAAACAGACUGUGAGCACUGAUGUGGAAACAGCUGAUUUUGAUGGAUCAAAGUCAUCCCUUACCUGGAUCAGCUUUCUGCUCUUAAGCAUAAAUAUUAUGGUGUUUCUUACAAUCACUGUUAUCUGUGCUUCUGUAAUGAAAAUGCGAAUGCAAAGGAAGUGCUAAUUUUGAAGAUAAUAUAUUGGGAAGUGAAUCUUGAACCGUUUGUCUUUAAACUUUGAAUAAAUGUAUAAAACAAGUGCAUGUUGCAAGAGCAUGUAAGAGCCACUUCCUGUUCUAAAUAAAUGCCUAAAUAAGUGUCAUAAUGGGAUGAAAAUGAAGUUAUCGUGGUAUAUUUUGUAAAAUCCACUUACAGUAAAACUAUCUGGAGAAAGCAUGAAAUUGGAGUUUUCUUUGUCUAACAUUUUUCAGUUCUUAAACAAAUGAAUAUUAGCUCAUUCAGCACUUUAGUAAGUAAAGCAAUAACAAAAUGCAUAAAAAUUGUGUUAGCUGCUUAAUGAUUUCUGUCCCAGUUGUAGAUGUCUGUUCAAACCAUGAGCUUAGAAACACCAUUACCUACCAACUUCCUAUUCUGUUACUUUUAUUGUUUUCUAUUGUUGACUCUAUGUUCUUAGAAGAGAAUGGAAACAUGCCUACUCUUCUAAUUAUUUGUAUGAUGAAUUAAAAAACAUUGACCCGUGAAGUACAAAUUCUUUGUAAUCACUCUAUGAACCAUUUCAACACUCAAAUCAGUGAAAUGUACUUUCAACAGGAAACAGAUUUCUGUCAAAACUGUGCACUCUACACUCACAACCCCUGCAAACUAAAGUUGUGGUGGGUGUCUCACGGC